AUGGAUGGAAGUGACAUAUAUAAAGCUGCCAAUAGUAUAAGAUUAGGGAGUUUAAGAGCGGGUAGCACCCGAGCAGGAAGCUUACGAUCAGAAAGUACUUCAGUAUGGAGGAAUUCUGGCAUGGAUGUUUUUUCAAAGUCUUCCCAUCAAGAAGACGACGAAGAAGCACUUAAAUGGGCUUCUCUGGAAAAGCUGCCAACUUUCGAUCGUUUGAGAAAAGGUUUGCUUUUCGGGUCAACUGGACCGUCUAAUGAAGUUGACGUAGACAAUCUUGGAGUAGAUGAUAGAAGGCAUUUACUUGAUAGACUUGUUAAAAAUGCUGAUGAAGAUAAUGAAAGGUUUUUGUUGAAGUUCAGGGACAGAAUUGAUAGAGUUGGCAUUGAAAUGCCAACAAUUGAAGUUAGAUAUGAGCAUUUAACUUUGGAAGCAGAUGUCAAUACAGGAAGCCGAGCCUUGCCCAGUUUUAUAAACUUCUACAUUGAAGCUUUCGAGGGGUUCUUGAGUUUAUUCAAUCUACUUUCAAAUUCGAAAAAGCAUAUAACUAUCCUUGAUGAUGUUAGCGGAGUCAUUAAGCCUAAGAGAAUGACAUUACUUUUGGGUCCUCCAAGUUCCGGUAAGACAUCACUAUUGAAAGCCUUGGCCGGGACUCUUGCCAAGGAGCUUAAGAAAUCCGGUAAGGUAACGUAUAACGGGCAUGAGUUACAUGAGUUUGUGCCAGAAAGAACUGCUGCUUAUAUUAGUCAAAAUGAUGUCCAUAUCGGAGAAAUGACUGUUAGAGAGACACUGGCUUUCUCUGCAAGAUGUCAAGGCGUUGGAUCACGUUAUGAUAUGUUAGUUGAGUUAUCUAGAAGAGAAAAAGAGGCAAAUAUCAAGCCUGAUCCUGACAUUGAUAUCUUCAUGAAAGCUGCUUCAACCAAAGGUCAAGAAGCUAGCGUCGUCACAGAUUAUACUCUUAAGCUUUUGGGGUUAGACGUAUGUGCUGAUACCAUGGUAGGAGAUCAAAUGCUAAGGGGAGUUUCUGGAGGACAAAAGAAGCGUGUGACAACAGGUGAAAUGAUAGUGGGACCGUCAAAAGUUCUUCUUAUGGACGAAAUAUCAACAGGAUUGGAUAGUUCUACAACUUUUCAGAUUGUGAACUCACUUAAGCAAUUUGUUCACAUUCUCGAGUACACUACUGUCAUUUCACUCCUUCAGCCUGCACCAGAGACGUAUGAUUUAUUCGAUGACAUUAUACUCUUGACUGAUGGAAAGAUUGUAUAUCAAGGCCCGCGUGAAAACGUGCUUGAGUUUUUUGAAUCAACAGGGUUCAAGUGCCCUGAGAGGAAAGGUGUCGCUGACUUCUUGCAAGAAGUGACAUCAAAGAAAGAUCAGCAACAAUAUUGGACGAGAAGAGACGAGCCUUAUAGAUUCGUGACUGCUAAGGAAUUUGCAGACGCGUAUCAAUCAUUUCAUGUGGGAAGGAAAAUGGGGGAAGAUGUUGCCAUAGGAUAUGACAGAAGUCAAUGCCACCCCGCUGCUCUCACAACUGAAAAGUAUGGUUUAAGUAAGAAAGAAGUUUUGAAAGCUUGUACUGAUAGAGAAAUCUUGCUCAUGAAAAGAAACUCUUUUGUCUAUAUCUUCAAAUUGUUCCAACUAACAGUCAUGGCACUUAUUGCUAUGACGGUGUUUUUUCGAACUGAGAUGCAUAAAAGAAAUGGAGAAGAUGGAGGAUUGUACAAUGGAGCUGUUUUCUUUGGUGUGGUUAUGCUCAUGUUUAACGGGAUGUCUGAGAUUUCAAUGACGAUCGCAAAACUUCCUGUAUUUUACAAGCAAAGGAACUUCCUCUUUUUUCCCUCUUGGUCUUAUGCUAUUCCCUCGUGGAUCAUCAAGAUUCCUAUUUCAUUUCUUGAGGCUGCGGUUUGGACAAUCAUCACGUACUAUGUCAUAGGAUUUGAUCCUAACAUCUCAAGAUUCUUCAAAUACUACUUGAUACUGUUGCUAGUUAACCAGACGGCUUCUGGAUUGUUUCGGUUCAUUGGAGCGUUGGGUAGGAACAUGAUCGUUGCCAACACAUGUGGUUCAUUUGUACUUCUCUUAGUAUUUGCAUUGGGUGGUUUUGUCUUGAUACGAGAUGAUGUCAAGGCUUGGUGGAUAUGGGGAUACUGGACUUCUCCCAUGAUGUAUGCAAUGAAUGCGCUUGCUGUAAACGAGUUUCUUGGCCACACUUGGAGAUCGGUAAGUCCGAAUGGAACAACGUUGGGGAAGCAAAUAAUUACAGGCAGAGGGUUCUUUGCAGAAGCUUACUGGUAUUGGAUUGCAGUUGCGGCCUUAUUUGGAUUUAUUUUCGUCUACAACUUUUGUUAUGCUUUGUCUCUUGCCUUCCUAGAUACUUUUGAAAAAACUCAGGCAAAUGUACCAGCCGAUGAUGCAACUGAUGCGGGCAUGGAAUUAUCAUCUAUGAAUAAGGAAGAUAGCAGCAGUCAAAACAAGAAGAAAGGGAUGAUCCUUCCAUUUGAACCACAUUGCAUUACCUUUGACGAUGUCAAAUACUCUGUUGAUAUGCCACAGGAAAUGAAAGACCAAGGGGUGGGUGAAGACAGAUUGCUGCUACUUAAGGGCGUUAGUGGAGCUUUCAGACCUGGUGUUCUAACUGCUUUAAUGGGAGUUAGUGGUGCUGGAAAGACUACUCUUAUGGACGUGCUAGCGGGUCGGAAAACUGGUGGGUAUAUUGAGGGUGAUAUCAAGAUUUCCGGGUAUCCAAAGAAACAGGAAACGUUUGCUCGGAUUUCUGGUUACUGUGAGCAAAACGACAUUCAUUCGCCUCAGGUUACAGUUUAUGAGUCAUUGCUUUACUCGGCCUGGCUCAGGUUAGCGUCAGAUGUUGACGAACAAAAACGAAAGAUGUUUGUUGAUGAGGUUAUGGAACUAGUGGAACUAAACCCACUUAAGGAUGCAUUAGUUGGAUUACCUGGUGUCAACGGUCUAUCAACAGAACAGCGAAAGAGGUUAACCAUAGCAGUUGAGCUCGUUGCUAAUCCUUCCAUUAUAUUUAUGGAUGAACCAACAUCUGGGUUAGAUGCUAGAGCUGCAGCUAUUGUGAUGAGAACCGUUAGGAACACAGUGGACACCGGAAGAACAGUUGUAUGCACCAUUCAUCAACCAAGCAUCGAUAUUUUUGAAGCUUUUGAUGAGCUGUUCUUGAUGAAAAGAGGGGGACAAGAACUGUAUGUUGGACCAGUAGGUCGUCAUUCUUGCCAUAUAAUUGACUACUUCCAGGCUAUCGAUGGGAUAAGUAAGAUUAAAGACAGAUAUAACCCUGCAACCUGGAUGUUGGAAGUCAGUACUUCAGCACAAGAAGUCACUCUCGGGGUUGACUUCACAACAAUUUACAGGAAUUCUGAGCUUUACAAGAGAAAUAAGGCCAUGAUAGCGGAAUUAAAUGUACCACGUCCGGGGUCAAAAGAUCUGUUCUACCCAACUCAGUACUCACAGUCCUUCAUGGUUCAAUGCAUUGCAUGUCUAUGGAAACAACGUUACUCAUACUGGAGAAACCCACCUUACACCGCCGUACGUUUUAUCUUCACCGCCUUCAUUGGAGUCAUCUUCGGUACAAUGUUUUGGGAUCUUGGCAGUAAAAGGACAACCCAACAAGAUCUGGUAAACGCGAUGGGGUCCAUGUAUGCUGCAGUUCUUUUCUUAUCAAUCCAAAACGCAUCAGCUGUUCAACCAGUUGUAGAUAUUGAGCGAACCGUAUUUUACAGAGAAAGAGCUGCCGGAAUGUAUUCUGCUUUGGCAUAUGCUUUUGCCCAGGUUGUGGUGGAAAUUCCAUACGUGUUGACACAAACAGGAGUAUAUAGUGCGAUAGUGUACUCUAUGAUCGGAUUUGAGUGGACUGUUGCUAAAUUCUGCUGGUAUUUAUACUACCAGUUCACUUGUCUCCUUUACAUGACCUACUACGGUAUGAUGACCGUUGCUAUCACUCCCAACGCCAACAUUGCCGCAAUCAUUGCAGCCUCAUUCUAUGGGAUUUUCAAUAUCUUUUCGGGAUUCAUCAUUCCACGACCUAGCGUUCCUGUUUGGUGGAGAUGGUACUGCUGGGGAAACCCUAUGGCAUGGACUAUUUAUGGCAUGGUUGUUUCACAGUUUGGAGACUACGACGACGAACUUACAAACGGUGAAACUGUUAAAGGUUACUUGGACCGAUAUUUUGGUUACAAACAUAGUUUUCUUGGAGCUAUUGCCGGAGUGCACAUUGGAUUAAUAUUGUUUUUCGCGUUCAUCUUUGCUUACUGCAUUCGAUCCUUCAACUUCCAAAAGAGAUAGUUUUCUUUUUCCUUUUUUUUUUUUUGUAAUUUUGGACGAUAAAAAUUACAUCAUAUUGUACAAGUACUUGUAUUAAAGUUUGAUUUGUAUUACAGC